GCCGCGACCGGGCGCCGCCGGGCAGCGGGGCCGUGGGUGGGAGCAGCAGUUCCAUUUUGGAACCCGAGCCGCGUCUCGGCCCGGCCGGCGCCCGCCUUCCAGCCCCGGCGCAGGCUUCCACCAACCUGUGAAAAAGUAGUCUGCAUCGAGACCUGUCACCUAAGGCUGGGUUCCACGUCCUCUCCAGCUUCGUGAGCCCCACAGAAGCAGGGUGAGUCCAGGGAGGCCCAGGACGGUCCUGAGGCACUGGCUGCUCCCCGAGGUGGCGUGGAGAAAGAUUCCCAGGAUGUAAGCUACAGCAGACUGAUAUGAUGCUGCCUGGUGUGUUUAGUGAUUGGUGCAGUUAGGAUUUGCUGUGCUGAAAUCGUUCUGAAAACUCAAACGGGGGACUCCAGCAUUCAAGGGAAGCCAAAGCCAUUUGCGGGGGAAGAAAGCCCAAAGCCUUUUAUCUUAUUUGUUCCAAGGAUUUCACUGCCCUCUCCAAAAAUAAGCCAUCGCACACAGACAGGCAGCAUGGCAAGCAAACGAAAAUCUACAACUCCAUGCAUGGUAAGGACAUCACAAAUGGUGCAGCAGGAUGUGCCCGAGGAAGCAGACAGGGCCAAAGAAAAAGGUGCCGGCAUAGCACAGCCUGAUGUGGCCAAGGACAGUUGGGUACCAGAACCUGAGAACCCUUCCAAAGAAAAUGAAGUGAUAGAGGUGAAAUCUACGGGAGAAACCCAGUCCAAAAAACUCCAAGGUGGUUACGAAUGCAAAUACUGCCCCUACUCCACGCAAAACCUGAACGAGUUCACGGAGCACGUGGACAUGCAGCACCCCAACGUGAUUCUCAACCCCCUCUACGUGUGUGCCGAAUGUAACUUCACCACCAAAAAGUACGACUCCUUGUCCGACCACAACUCCAAGUUCCACCCCGGGGAGACCAACUUCAAGCUGAAGUUGAUCAAGCGCAAUAAUCAGACUGUGUUGGAGCAGUCCAUCGAAACCACCAACCACGUCGUGGCCAUCACCACUAGUGGCCCUGGGAGUGGUGACAAUGACCCUGGGAUCUCGGUGAGUAAAACCCCCAUCAUGAAGCCAGGAAAACCCAAAGCAGAUGCCAAGAAGGUGCCCAAGAAGCCCGAGGAGGCCACCCCCGAGAACCACGUGGAAGGGACCGCCCGCCUGGUGACGGACACGGCUGAGAUCCUCUCGAGGCUCGGUGGCGUGGAGCUCCUCCAAGACACAUUAGGACACGUCAUGCCUUCUGUACAGCUGCCACCAAAUAUCAACCUUGUCCCCAAGGUCCCCGUCCCGCUGAACACUACCAAAUACAACUCUGCCCUGGAUACAAACGCCACCAUGAUCAACUCCUUCAACAAGUUCCCUUACCCGACCCAGGCGGAGUUGUCCUGGCUCACCGCUGCCUCCAAGCACCCAGAAGAGCACAUCAGGAUCUGGUUUGCCACCCAGCGCUUGAAGCACGGCAUCAGCUGGUCCCCAGAGGAGGUGGAGGAGGCCCGGAAGAAGAUGUUUAAUGGCACCAUCCAGUCGGUGCCCCCGACGAUCACUGUGCUGCCUGCCCAGCUGGCCCCCACAAAGAUGUCCCAGCCCAUCCUCCAGACCGCUCUGCCGUGCCAGAUCCUCGGCCAGACCAGCCUGGUGCUCACUCAGGUGACCAGCGGCUCCACAACCGUGUCUUGCUCCCCGAUCACGCUCGCCGUGGCCGGGGUGACCAACCAUGGCCAGAAGAGACCUUUGGUGACUCCCCAAGCUGCCCCCGAGCCCAAGCGUCCACACGUCGCCCAGGUGCCAGAGCCCCCACCCAAGGUGGUCAGCUCCCCGCUCACCUCGGCCAGUGACCGCAAGAAGACGAAGGAACAGAUCGCGCACCUCAAGGCCAGCUUUCUCCAGAGCCAGUUCCCCGACGAUGCGGAGGUCUACCGGCUCAUCGAGGUGACCGGCCUGUCCAGGAGCGAGAUCAAGAAGUGGUUCAGUGACCACCGGUAUCGGUGUCAGAGGGGCAUCGUCCACAUCACCAGCGAAUCCCUUGCCAAAGACCAGUUGGCCAUCGCGGCCUCCCGACACGGUCGCACGUACCACGCCUACCCAGACUUUACCCCCCAGAAGUUCAAAGAGAAAACACAGGGUCAGGUUAAACUCCUGGAAGACAGCUUUUUGAAAAGCUCUUUUCCUACCCAGGCAGAACUGGAUCGGCUCAGGGUGGAGACCAAGCUGAGCAGGCGAGAGAUCGACUCCUGGUUCUCCGAGAGGCGGAAGCUUCGGGACAGCAUGGAGCAAGCCGUCUUGGAUUCCAUGGGGUCUGGCACCAAAGGUUCAGACGUGGCGUCCCCCAAUGGUGCUCUGUCUAGGCUUGACCAGCUCGCUGGGGCCCAGUUAGCCGGCUCUCUGCCCAGCACUUCACCAGCAGUUACACAAAGUCAACAGCAGGUUCAUCUCCUGAGGAGCACUUUUGCAAGAACCCAGUGGCCUACUCCCCAGGAGUAUGACCAGCUGGCGGCCAAGACUGGCCUGGUCCGAACUGAGAUUGUGCGUUGGUUCAAGGAGAACAGAUGCUUGCUAAAAACUGGAACCUUAAAGUGGAUGGCGCAGUACCAGCCACAGCACGUGGAGGAUGAUCAUGGCUACGAUGCUGUGGCCAGGAAGCCAACAAAACCCAUUGUCGAGAGCCCAAAGAAUGGGAGCGAGACGGCUCAGCAAUAUUACAAGGACCCCAAAAAGCUCUGCGAAGAGGACUUGGAGAAGUUGGUACCCAGAGUGAAAGUGGGCAGUGAGCCCACAAAAGACUGCCUGCCUGCCAAGCCCUCGGAGGCCGCCCUGGACAGGUCGGAGGGCAGCAGCAGGGAUGGCCAGGGUGGCGAGGAGAACGAGGAGUCGGGUGUCGUGGACUAUGUGGAGGUGACAGUGGGGGAGGAGGACGCCAUCUCAGACAGGUCAGACAGCUGGAGUCACACGGCAGCAGAAGGCGCAGCCGACCUGGCCGACUCCGACUCCGACAGCGUCCCCGCUGAGCCUGGCCAGGCCUAGACAGGACGUGUCGGAACUGCCCCACUGGUGACUCUGAAGAGAGAAGUCCCCUCCCAGCCAGGGGCCGCCCUCGCCGGGGACACCAACUGAGCUGAGUGCCUGGAGGUGCAGGAACCCAGCUCUGCUGCAGGCACCUCCCAGAGGCCCCGUGGGAACUGUUCACAGUGCCAAAGUCCUACUACUGCGUUUUCAAUGGGUCCCUGGACAGCGUCGCUCCCCUGCCCAGCCCCCACCUCUUGCUCUACUGGAACCGAUUUGUACAAUGUGGGAAUUUUGUUACCUUUUUAAUGGAGGGCAACUUCCUUUCCCAGCACUACCUUGGAAGGUUUGUUUUUUUUUUCCAGGAGGGAGGGCUAACCACCAAGCUUUUCUCUUUUUCUUUUGUAUUUUUAUGUUACUAAUACGGGGGAGGGAGUAUUAGUAUUAGUGCCAUUGUAUCUACUGGAUUGUAAGUAGGGAGAAUCUAUUUUUAAAGGUAGCUUGAAACUUGGGAGAUUUCUCAGUGGGAAGGGCUGAGGUUCAGGCCUCUGGCUCACCAGGAGCCGGUUUACAAAUGGCAGAUCUUCCAGAUCAGAUCCGUUUCCAGUUCUCCCGCUGGCCACCUCGGGUGCCCUUGCCUUAGCCCCAUGCCGGGCUUUCUGCACUGCCAGGAGCUGGGUCCCACUGCCCGACUGCUUGGCCUCACGUUGCCAGCCCCAGCCAGCACCAGGAGAACUGGGGAGCAGGGGGCAGUCCCCCCCAGAGCUUCUGUUUAAAUACCAGCCUAAGGGGCUCCUGCAUUUGUUAGCAUUACCAUAGCUGUUAUGAGGUUAAAACAAACAACGAAAACAUCUUCCUAUCUAGAUGGUACAAAGAUGAACAACUUCAGUUUUCAUUUCUCUUCUUAACUGCCUUUCUCGGUGUGGUAUUUGAUGAGAUUUCAGCUUGAAGCCUCACCAUGAACUGAUUUGUUUGUGUGUUUGUUUUUGGGCCAAUUUUAGAUACCUGAGUGCACUUUUUUUUCCCAGUUUAGUCCUAACUUUUAAAGAAGGUGUAAAUGUUGCAAUAUGAAUUAUGUCUGCAAUCCCUUCCCGUCCCCCACUGCCCCCCAUUUGAGUACACUGCACAAAUAAAAUAAUAGGGAGUUUGAAUAAAACCAAUUUUUCUAACUUGUUGCUCAUUUGUUGUAACUCAAUAAAGCAAAGACUAAACGUUUUUAUAACCUGCU